UGCUAUAAAAGCACGGCAUGUCGGGCAGCAUCCGAGUAGCAGUUGGACGGAAGGGGCCGUUUCCAUCACAUACAACUCUAUGACUCGAAGAGCCGCUGGACUGGAAGCGUUAACUCUGUUUCUCUCUCCACAGUCGCUGCAUUCCUCCAGAGCGUUGCGUUUUUGUUCCAGAAUUCCAGCACCCGCAGUUUUAUUACGUCUAAUUAAAUAUCGGUUCUGAGGGAUGCUAUGCUGCCUGAACUGCUGUGCUCUUCCAGCACCGCUAAUCCAGAAUCUGGUUUCCAGCAUCUGCAGUCAUUACCCACAUAAAUGAAAAAUCAGCGUGCCGGGAAACACGCUGGCCCAUGAGGGAAUAAAGCAAACGGAGGAAUUUCUGGAGAAACCGUGUGGACGUGGGAGAAAAAGAGAAACAGAAUGCACAUUCCCUUUUGAUGUGAUGACAUAGUGUACUGUUUCAAAUGUCAAGUAAACCAUGGCGUCUGAAGCACAUGAAGAAGGAACAGAGCCAUCAGCAGCCUUGACAAAAGCUGGGGAUUCAAGUAGUGAAAGACAGGAGCAAUGUGAAAUUAAUGAAUGCAAUCCCACGGAAGGGAAAAAUCAAAUGAAGCAGAAUGAUUGGAAUCUUGGGAGAACUGAGCCAAUGUCAAAAAGACAGAUGAAAAAGUUAAUGAGGGAGAAACGGUGGCUAGACCAAAAAGAGGAUCGCAAGCAAAAGCGUAAAGAGAAAAAGCUGAAAAGAAGACUAGAACGUCAAACUCAGAAUGAGGAAAGGCAUGAAGAAUCUGCCAGGAAACGCUUUAAGAGAGAUUUCACUCCAUGUAACCUUCGUGUUGUACUAGACUGCAGCUUUGAUAGUUUAAUGGUGUUGAAGGAUGUCAAAAAGCUGCAUAAGCAGAUUCAGAGAUGUUAUGCAGAAAAUCGAAAAGCAGCAUAUCCUGUGAGGAUGUAUUUGACCAGUCAUAGUGGACAGUUGAAGAAGAACAUGGAUGAAAAUGACAAAGGCUGGAUCAAUUGGAAGGGAAUUACUUUUACACCUGAACACGUCAGUGAAGCCAUAAAGAAGGAAGAGUUGGUUUAUCUCACUUCUGAUUCACCCAAUGUGCUGAAUGAUCUGGAUGCAACAAAAGCUUACAUCAUAGGUGGCUUGGUGGACCAUAAUCACUACAAGGGUGUAACAUACAAUAAAGCAUUGGACUUGGGAAUCGCACAUGCGCAACUUCCCCUUGGAAACUAUGUGAAAAUGGAUAGUCGCAAAGUGUUAACUGUAAAUCACGUGUUUGAGAUAAUUCUCAUGUAUUUGGAAAAGCAGAACUGGCAAGAAGCUUUUUUUACUAUCCUGCCACAACGCAAAGGAGCAGUACCUGCCCUCCAUCCAGUCAGCACAGAACAAAAUGAGCCUGAAGGUGACUCAGAUUCUUGUGAUUCUGUAGAAAAUGCGACCGCAGCGUCAGAAGCUCUUGCGCAAAAAGAAAAGCAACUCAGUGAAUUAAGUUAUGAAAAACGAAACACAGAAAUUAAUGAAGAAAUAGAUGGUGAAACGUAGCAUCCCCUCCAGUUGAUUAAAUAUUAUUUUGAGUCUUGGUAUGCCUAAACUAAUCCAAAAGCAGGACUUUUGAUUUGCCCUCAUGACACUUUCCAUUUCUUUCUUAUAUUACCACCUGAUAUUUAGUAUGCUACGAACUCUCAGAAUUUUGUUUGGACACAAACAAAAUUGAUGUAUUUCAAGUGAGAUUAUUAGUUGUUUCUCUGUAAAUGACUACAAUCAUUGUGUUAAAGUUGCUGGAAUUUAAAAAUGCAAUACCUGCAGUCAUUGCUAGUAUACAUAUUGGUAUUUUAAUUACUUUGCAUUAACCUAAGGAAUUUUGGCUAGGUUCUGCACGGAGCAAUGUCUAAGCCAUUGAUUAUUAUGAGAAUGUUAAUUUAUUCCCACAGAUUAAACGUGUUUUCUGUGACUGUAUAUAACAUGUACGCACAAAUACAUCUGAUUUAAAACUAAUAUUUCCGUUCCUAAGCUCAAAUUAACUGCAAAAUGUUAAGCCUUUAUAACAACUAUUGGGGGUUUUAAAGGUGUGUAUCAGUGACCGUUAAAUGAUAAUAUGGUCAGUUAAAAUUUCAGACUGAUGUAUUAUGGAAUCAGUGACCAAACAAAUUAUCUUGGAAGUGUGUAUUUAUACGUAGCUGGAUUUGGUUCCUAUUGGUUCAAAUGACGUGCAGUAAAGUUGCUUCACAACAUUACUUGCUGUGCAGUUUGUGGUUCAUGAGAGCUUUGAACUGGAGGAGGUUAUUCAGUUUGUUCAGCCUGUUCCACUAUUCAUUUCUAACAUGACUGAAAUUGUACCUCAAUUUCAGAAUCUUGCUUGUGCAAUUUAUCUAUCAAAAAUCUCAGGUUUGAAAUUUUCAGUUGAACCCUGUCCCAGUCUCAAAAGGUUUUUGAAAGUGGGGUGUUUCCAGGUUUUCACUCCCAUUGUAUGAAGGGAAAUCUGUAUCACUUCAAUUUCGCUGGAAGUAGGUGAACCCUAAUUGGCAAGACUAGAUUCCUAAACUUCAGUUUUCACAUCGAGUUCUCCUGGACAAUUUGACACGAGUCAGUAAUAACAAAUGUUUGCAUGAGGCUCAGGGUAGUUGGUCAGCAGUGACUCCGUACAACUAUUUGAUGUUUAAUCAUAACAUUUUAUUGUAGCUUUCAACCAUAAGCAGCCAGACAUCAUAGUAUAAUUAUGAUCCAGGAGAACUCAUUGCACAAACUCAGUUUGAACAAUCAGUGUAAGGGCACGGUUGUCAGACAACUUUGGCUGUCUCAUCUCCAAAGCUACACAAGAUUUACUUUGCAGCACAAUGGCGAAAACAAUCUUAGUAACGCAAAGUACACAUUCGCAAGAACAAAAGUACAUUACCAUAGUCAGUAGAGCAAACGCAAUAUAUCUGGUUAAUUGAGAUGUCCUAUAACCCACAGGAGAAAUAUUAACCCUCUUAGAAGUUAAAUAUCUAUAAAUGAAUGGCUGUCAGUUACGUAAGAUCUCUCACAACCACAAAAUUGCAGCGAAUAGAGCACUUUUGAAGAACAGUUAUUGUUAGAAUGUAAGAAAUGCGAUAGUCAAUUUAUAUACAGUAAAAUCCAAAAUCAGCAAUUUAACAAUGACUAAAUAAUCUAUUUUUGAUACCGUUGACUGAAUGAACAAUAUAGGUCAGAAUGUCAUGGCUGCCUCUUUUACUCUUCAAAAUAGUGACGUGGGUUCUUUUUACUUACACCCUUAGGAUCUCAAUUUCAUGCUUUAAUGCAAAAGACAGCAUUGCGCUCAGUACUGUCACCCUUAGUUUCUGUGCUUAAGUUGCGUAGUUGGACAACAUUUAAGAAGUGUGUAGAUGAAUAACUGAAUGCAAGGCUACAGGCUAAGUGCUGAGAAAUGGAUGACAGUCAUUUUCUGGUUCAUUGCCUCUGACCAAUGAUUGGCUAAUGCCUGGUUUAACUGUAAACAAAGCUUGGCACUUAACAGUCGUCGUCAUUUAACUGGUGCAUUCUCGAUGCAUCAGUCUGUGUUUACUUGCCAACAAACUAGCAUUCUCCCUUCCUACAGCAUAAGUGGUGUUUUUCUUUUAUGUUGAUUUUUCUUGCAGUUGUCUUGAGUGCAAGAAGAAAAGCUUCAACAAAAAUGGGUCUUCAAAGCCUAAUUUAUUAUAAUUUCUGUUACUAAUAUCUUUCUCCAUACAACAUAAAUGGUUGAUGCCACUAGUUUUUGAUAUUUUUGUUUUGCAUUCAAUGAUUUUUGAUGUAAUUAUCUUUACCAAUCUCGGAUUUGCAUUUUCUGCAAGUUUAUUUUUAUCAAUGCAAACCUUCUUUUUAAAUAUAAGUUAUGUUACAAAAUCCCGUCACUUGGAUCAAUCAUUUGGAGGUAUGAAUUCACAUCUGACCAAGGGAAUUUAACUUAAAUUAUUUAAAUAACUCAAAUUUUAAAAAUCCUAGUAUUAGUAAUGAUGACCAUAAAAACCUAUCUGAUUUGCUAAUGUGAAGGAAUUAGCCACCCUUACUUGUUCUGGCCUGUAUGUAACCCAAGAGUCAACCGUAUUAUGAACUCUAUUCUGGCUCUCUGAAACAGCAACUCGUUUAGUUAUCAUGAAGGCAGCUCACUGCCACUUUGUCUAGUACAAUUUGGGAUUGUUCAUAAAUGCCAACAGCAAUUACAUUCCAUGAGUAAGAUUUAUUCAUGUCAUACUGUCAUCCCAAGAGGAACUUGCUUCUUAAAAGGUGAAUAACAAAUGUCACUGGCCCAGACAGGCUGGUAUGAAAUGUUUCCCUUGAAAAAUGGGAAACUAUAAAUUGGCCUGAUUCCUUGCGAUUAUGAACUUGCUAAAUUGAUCAAGGUAAAUUGCUCUCUUGAAUGAAGUGUACAAAUGCAUGGGGCCACAAGGUAGAAAAAUAAAAAAGGAGGUCAGACAGCCUUUUUAAAUAAAAGGUAUUUUAAAAAACAUCAAGUGAAGUAGAUGAUGUAAGGACUUCAUGUGGGAAUGAGGUGUACUUUAUUCGUGGAGACUGGUGUACCCAAGAUUGUAGGAUGACUAUGUUAAGAAUUAAUACUGUAACAGCACUGAAAGGAAUUUUAACAUUUUUGGGUUUUACUAGACAGGAUGAAGACCUAUGAACAUGUUAGGCCUUAAAUUAGAGCUUUCUUUGUUAAAGGUACUUAAUUUUUAGGCAAGUAUUAUACAUAGUCACGAAAAUGUGAUUUAUAUAUUUAGGGAUACAGUCACAGUACAAAUUGUUAGAGCUAGUCUAACCACAUUUUUAAAUAUUCAUUGUUGUUACUCUAAAGUUCUCAUUUAAAAUGACAGAUCUGUCCAAGCACAAUCUGUCAUUCAGUCAAGUAAAGAUGCACAAUAUAAUCUGACACACUCAUACUUCAUUUACCUCCAAAGAAAUUUACUGAUAACUCUGCAUGCUAAUUUGUCGCAAAC